UGCCUUCACCAGCAGGGGGCCGUGAAACACAGACAGGUGCUGCCACAGUGACAGCCAAAGGACCAAAAUAGCUGUCAGAUGACCACAAGGGCCAGUUUACCACUUUUUCUCCUGAGCCCAGAAGCAGCAGCAGCUAAAAAUAGGCACAAAACCGACAUGCUUUAGGACAAAUAAGCAGGGACAGCACCAUUCUGACUAGGGCACAAUGAGGUCGCUUCGUUUCAUUUCUGCUGAAGCCGUGGUGUCCCACCCCCAGCUGGCACAGGAGGGCCUGGACAACGUAGCCUACAACCUCUACCCGCUUCUGUUUAAGGCCAGUUACCUGCUAGAGCAGGCAGAAGUCACCCGUGCUGUGCUGAGUCACUGGCCGCUGGAGGAGUUUCGCCUGGCUGUGCUGCUGGGGCCGAACCCUGACCACCCCGAAGAUCUGCGUGACCGUGCCUGCAAGGCCUGUCUGGAGGCCUGUAUGCAAGGCCUAGCUGACCGUGUGCUGCAAAACGGGAGCAACCGGCUUCGGGUAGCUGAUUUCACAGGCAUCCAGGAUGUGCAGGUGCAGCAGUGUCCCUGUGGGAGAGCACUGGGAAGGUGGGGCCGAACCAAGGUCCUGGCCAGGACCUGCUGCCAGCUCCAAGAACAGCCCUGGGCAGCUGGGCGCCCCAUUGAAGUUUUUGCUGACCUUUAUGUCACGGAAGGCAAUUUUGACUUGGUGGUGCGGGCCCUGAGUCCGUCAGGCCCAGCCCCUCUGCAGGUCUGCUGCCCUUCCCUCCGGGCAGACAGCCUAAGCCCUGGGCAGCUCCUCCAAGUGCUCGGCCUGGCUCGGCCGGGCAAGCUUAGGAAGCUGGAGGUGGUGCACAACGUCAGGCUGCAUGCCGGCCACGUGCAGCAGCUGCUGGCCCAGGUGGGCUUCCCUCAGCUGACCUCACUCACUUUGCCCACCAAGGCCUUCGAUGCACCCCCAGCCUGUGCCCCGACUCCAGAGGGUGAGGACCCCCUCCUUAGCUCCAUCGCCUGGGAGCUCGGCCAGAUGAGCCAGCUCACGGAGCUCAGCGUAGCUUUCUCCACCCUGACGGGGAAGAUCCAAACAUUACUUAGCCCCCUGAAGACACCUCUAAGAGUGUUGGACCUAGCCAACUGUGCCCUUAAUCAUGAAGACAUAUCCUUCCUAGCAGACUGUAACCACACUGCCCACUUGGAGGUGCUGGACCUGAGUGGACACAAUCUGGUACAUCUGUACCCUUCUACCUUCUUCAGGCUCCUGCGCCAGGCUGCCCCAACACUGAGAGUGCUUACCCUGGAGGAGUGCAACAUCACGGACAGUCAUGUCAGCAUGAUGAUUCUGGGCCUCAGCCCUUGCAACCAGCUCCAGGAGUUCAAAUUCCUCGGGAAUCCACUGUCAGGCAGUGCUCUCCAGCGCCUCUUUGCUGCACUCUGUGAACUUCCUAGGCUGCGCCACAUUGAGUUCCCAGUGCCAAAGGACUGCUACCCCGAGGGUGCCACCUACCCCCAGGAUGAGCUGUCGGUGUCCAGAUUCGACCAGCGGAAAUAUGACAUGAUUGCAGAGGAUCUGCGAGCAGUGCUGCUACAAGCUAACCGGGAGGACAUCCAGGCUUCCACCCCCCUGUUUGGAAGUUUUGACCCAGACAUUCAUGAAACCAGCAAUGAACUUGGUACUUUCUUGUUGCAAGCUUUCAAAACUGCUCUGGAAAACUUUUCCAGAGCACUAGAACAAAUGGAGUAGGUCCUGGAAUCAUGCUGUAAGAGGCUGUGCAUUUCUAGUGCCCUGAGGUCAGGCCUGACCAGAUCAGGUUCAGCUGUUUGUCACCAGCAGCAUCACCGCGACAAGAUUUCCUUAGUGAAAACUGCAGGCAUACUCAUUACGUACUCCAAGAGGAAGGCCAGAUAUAUAAAUGAGAUAUGAGGUGCUCCUAUGUGUCAGCACAGUAGGAUCCUAAAGCGGAGGGGAGGCUGCCUUAAACCAAGAUAGAGAAGGCGGAGGAGAAUGUGGAUACUAGGACAGGAUGUAGUGGGAGCAGGGGCAACUUGGCUUUGAUGCCGUGAGGGGAAGGAGAUGAGAAAACUCAUCACAGAAGCUGUCCAACAGCAGCAGCCCAUAAACAGCAACAACAAUCAAACAGACACUGAACACAAAACUGAAGCAGACCCAUGAGCCUAGUAGUUUAGCUAUAUUCUAUCUGCUAUACUUCUUACCAGAUGACAUGUGCCUGCACAGAAAUAUGGGGCGGGGGCGGUCAACUUUCUGUUGAUGGCUGUCUCGGCUUUGCUUCCAAUCUGAGGACAUCUAGGUGCUGAAAUAUGCCCGGUGUUUCUUGGCAUUUUUUGUUCAGCAUCCAGAUCCUAAGAUAGGCACGUCCAACUUGAACAGUGGAUGAGGCCACAAGUAAGAGGAUAGCUACGAAUGCAGCCUAUCACAAAACUGUAAACUUAGAUUUUGUGAAAUCUGUUGUGACUCAAUUAGUUUUCAAUCAUGAACUUUGUACAUGAUAAUGUGUGUAAUGCACACAAAGCACUACUAAGAAUGGCUGAGGCCUGGCCCUCUGCAAUUCCUUUGAAGAACAAAUUACCACAUAAGAAAGAUCUGUUUAAGACUUCAUUUCCAAUAUCUGCUUUUGCCAAAGUAUUAGUGUAAUUGAGUGCUAAUAAAA